AGCAGUAUCCCAGGCUGCGAACAACGUCCCCCGACUCCCGAAGAGGUCGAUAAGGAAGGAGAGGUUUUAUAUGAAGUGGAAAGAAUUGUGGGAAGCCGGAAGAGCAGAAGAGGAUUAGUGGAAUACUUGGUGAAAUGGCGGGGCUAUUCGAUGAGCGACUGUACUUACCAAAUCAUGGACGUUAUGAACGAAGUCGUACUUGAUCUAGUCCGCGACUUUCAUUGA